AUGAUGAUCCAAAUAUUGACUACUUGUCCAUAUAUACGUACAUCUGUUAUAUUAGCUGAAUGUGUAUUUGAUACAAAUCUUUAUAUAACACUUGGUGCAAAUAUUCUUAAUUCGAAUUCAAUUGAUUUUAUUGGCUAUUAUUCAAUUGGUCAAAAUCAUAAUAUUAAUAAUACACUUAUUUAUAAUUUAGGUAAUCGUUGGAUGUUACUUGUACCUUUAUUAAUAAAAUGUGCUCAUCAACCGGUUAAUUUGACAUUUACAGAAUGUCAAUAUACAAUGAGACAUAAUAAAUAUCCUAAUCGACUCUUAUCAACAGCUGAAUACAUGACAACUCAAUUGAGUGUUAUGAAUAUAACUGAUCUUGGCAUGCAAUCAGUUCUUUUUUUACAACCAGGAGAAAUUUCUCUUCGUUCAUGUAAAGCAUAUGAUUGUUCACGAGAAUUAGUUUAUUUAACAGCAUCAAAUGAAACAUUUAAUUUUAAAAUAAAUUACGAAAAAUCAAUUGAUAUGAAAUGUCAAUAUGAUGAAGAUUGUCAAAAUUCAUAUUCCAUUAAAGAUCUUAUACAUUGCAAUAAAUUAACACAAACAUGUGAAUGUUUUAAUGAAAAUAUAGCUAAUAUUGAUAUAACAGGUAUUGGACGUUUUUGUACAGAUUCAAUUGAUCAAAGUAAUUGUACAAAAUUUCCAAGACGUUGUUUAAAAUGGUGUGAUAAUAGUGAAACAUCACAUUGUGUUUGUCCAAAAUUAACACGUAAAGUGAGAAAAAUUAAUGGUGUAUUUGAUUGUGAAUUAGAACCAACAGGAGUAUGUCGAUUUGAUAAUAAUGAUGAUCAAAGAAUUGGAUCGAAUAUAAGAAAAUGUCCAACAGGUACAUAUUGCGAUGGUAAUAAAUGUCGUCCAUCAACAAUAUCUCGACAAAUUCAUGAAGAAUUAUUCAAUGAACCUUUUCUUUCUUCAACAAUACCAACACAAACAACAUCACCAAUUUAUUAUUUAUUAUCUUCAACAUAUAAACAUAUUAAUCGUCAACAUCAAACGACAGCAUUUAUUCGUACAUUAAUUGCUAUAGCAAUAGCUAUAAUAUUAUUUUUUAUUCUUGUUUUACUUAUUAUUAUAAUAAUUAUUAAAUCAAAUCGUUUUCGUGUAUCAUCAAAAUCAUCUGAAGAUAAAAUUUCAUCAACUUCAUUUGCUCAAUCAACAUCAACAGCUACAUCAGCUGAUUCACCAACAGAUAUUGAUUAUCAUCAUCAAUUAAAACAACAACCAAUAUCAACAGUAAUAUCUUCAAAUUAUGAAAAUUAUUUAACAAGAUCAACAUUUGUCCAUGGUCUUGUACCACACACAAAUUUAUCACCUAGAUUUAAUCGACAACAAAAAACAAUUGAUGAAAGACGACGAGUACCAUUACAUAUCCGAUCACCAUCAUUGUCACGUAUUAAUCCAUUUAUUGAUCAUGCAUCAUUAACAACAAAUGAACAUUUAACAAAAAAACGAUCACCAUUACCUAAAGUAACACAUUUAAAAAAUGGAGAUUUUAUUAUAUCAGCAUAG